GGACACUCGACUAUUUCGGGUAAGAAUCGGCAUGCUGGUUCUCGUGGCUUCCGAUGCCUCCAUCCGUGACUAAACAUGAUCGAAUGCCCUUCACGCAUUUCGGCCAGCUUUGCCGAAGGGUCCACUGCCUGCCCCAGAGUCGGGAAAUGUCCGCUCAUAGGGUUCUCUUCUGCUUCUACACGGCCCUUCAUUUCUUUCCCACAGGGCAACUGAGCCGAGUCCUGCACCACCAUCAACCGUUGUCUAUCCUAGAUGGGAGUAUUUUACGAGUUAGCGAUUCAUGUAUAGUCCCCAUCAAUCCAACUGAGUGGAGGCUAGCAAUGGCAACGAGGACAUCUAGUGAUUCAGACGCGGUGGGGAAGUCUACCUAUAAAGCCGGACUAGAACCCGGGAUACUAGCAUUGUGACAGGAUCAAGUCUCUCGCCCAAGAUGUCGUUGACCUAUCUGGGAGCCGUGGCAAUGCUGGCUGGCCUGCCCUCAUUGGGGCAGGCCCGGUCAACCUGGCCCCUGGGCAGUGGACUGGAGCUGUCCUACCAGGCAAGCCAACAUCAGAUCUCCAUCCAUCAAGACAACCAGACCAUCUUCUCAACCCUCCCCAGUCAGCCCUUCCUCAGUGCCAGCGCCGGGAAGGACCAGAUUGUCGAGGAUAGCGGCAACUUCAACAUCACCAAUGUAGACCAGGCCCGAUGCCAAGGCCAGAAUAUCACCCAGCUGGCGGGUAUCCCUCGUCGCGACAGUGUGAAGAACCAGGUCGCUGUGCGCGGUUAUCUCCUGGAUUGUGGUGGGGAGGACAUUGCCUAUGCCAUGAACUUUUGGGUUCCUAAGGCCUUUUCGGAUCGCGUUGCCUUUGAAGCCACCGUUUAUUCAGAUGCGAAUGCCAGUGUCCCCUUCGAACGUCUCUAUCUCACAUUCGCAUCACACGCGCGGGAGGACUUUUACGGUCUCGGUGCGCAGGCGUCCUUCGCUUCCAUGAAGAAUCAGUCGAUCCCCAUCUUUUCCCGCGAGCAGGGUGUCGGACGUGGUGACCAGCCAUACACGACCAUCGAGGACUCGCAAGGUUUCUUCAGCGGCGGCAACCAGUACACCACCUACACGGCCAUCCCUCAGUACGUCAGCUCUGACGGUCGCGUCUUCUACGUCGACGAGAAUGAUACGGCUUACGCUGUCUUUGACUUCCAGCGCCCCGAUGCUGUCACGGUGCGCUACGAUAGUCUCUCGGUGCAUGGCCACCUGAUGCAGGCUGACAACAUGCUGGACGCCAUCACCAUGCUUACUGAGUACACCGGUCGCAUGCCGGCUCUUCCAGAUUGGGUGGACCAUGGCGCGCUUUUGGGCAUUCAGGGUGGACAGGAGAAGGUCAAUCGCAUUGUGAAGCAAGGCUUUGAACACGAUUGCCCGGUCGCCGGUGUGUGGUUGCAAGAUUGGUCAGGCACGCAUCUGCAGUCAGCCCCCUAUGGCAACAUGAACAUCUCGCGUUUGUGGUGGAACUGGGAGCCCGACACUUCGCUGUAUCCCACAUGGGCCGAGUUUGUCCAAACUCUACGCGAACAGCACGGCGUACGCACCCUCGCCUACGUGAACCCUUUCCUGGCCAACGUCAGCAGCAAGUCGGAUGGCUAUCGCCGCAAUCUCUUCCAGGAGGCUAGCAAGCACCGAUACAUGGUGCAGAACACUACCACCAACUCCACGGCGAUCAUCUCUAGCGGCAAGGGCAUCGACGCCGGUAUCCUGGACCUCACCAACGAAGAAACUCGCGCGUGGUUCGCCGACGUUCUUCGCACGCAGGUGUGGAGUGCCAACAUCUCCGGCUGCAUGUGGGACUUUGGCGAAUACACGCCCAUCGCUUCUGAUACCUCGUUGGCCAACAUUUCCACCAGCGCCUUCUUCUACCACAACCAGUAUCCGCGCGACUGGGCGGCCUACCAACGCUCUGUGGCCGCCGAGAUGCCUCUGUUCCAUGAGAUGGUCACAUUCCACCGCUCUGCCUCCAUGGGCGGCAACCGGCACAUGAACCUAUUCUGGGUUGGCGACCAAGCCACUCUUUGGACUCCCAACGACGGCAUCAAAUCAGUGGUGACUAUUCAAGGCCAGAUGGGCAUCUCCGGAUAUGCCCACAGUCACAGUGACAUUGGCGGCUACACGACCGUCUUCGAGCCUCCCACCACCAGCAACUCCUCCGGAGCCAUCCCACGAUCGGCUGAGCUUCUGGGCCGCUGGGGUGAACUGGGCGCCGUGUCGAGUGCCGUGUUCCGGUCGCACGAGGGCAACGUGCCUAGCGUAAAUGCUCAGUUCUACAGCAACUCCACCACGUAUGCGUACUUCGCCUACAACGCCCGGAUGUUCCGCAGUCUGGGUCCGUACCGUCGCCGCAUCCUCAACACGGAAAGUCAGCGCCGCGGAUGGCCAUUGCUGCGUAUGCCGGUGCUCUACCACCCCGAGGAUCUCCGCGCCCGACAGAUCAGUUACGAGAGCUUCUUCCUUGGACGGGAUCUAUACGUGGCGCCGGUGCUCGAUGAGGGCCACAAGUCCGUAGAGGUGUACUUCCCCGGUCACGGUGCCAACCGCACGUAUACCCAUGUGUGGAGUGGCCAGACCUACCGGGGAGGACAGACGGCGCAGGUGUCGGCGCCCUUUGGAAAGCCCGCGGUGUUCGUGGUGGAUGGAGCCUCAAGUCCGGAAUUGGACGUGUUCUUGGACUUUGUGAGGAAGGAGAAUGGAACGGUUCUGCAUGCGUGA